AUGAUCAGCGCUGGCGGGCCCCUCCUCUCCAAGCUCGGCCCCUUCCACGCCAUUCUGGUGGACGAGGUUGCGCAGGCGACGGAGCCCGCCACGCUGGUGCCGGUGCUUGCGCGGGGCUGCUCGCAGCUCGUGCUUUGCGGCGACCAUUUCCAGCUCCCUCCCUCGUGCGCAUCGCGCGAGGCGCUGGCGCGCGGCCUCGGCCUCUCCGGCUACGAGCGGCUCGUGUCGCAGGGCACCGAGCCGCUCUGCCUCGGCACGGUCAUGGAGCCCUUCCAUGACCCUUCCUGGCACCUUCCCGCAGGCGUCGAGCCGCUCUUUCUCGACACGCAGUUCCGGGCGCACCCAAAGCUGAUGGACUUCUCGUGCGACGCAAUCUACGGCGGCCGCUUGCGCUCCGGCAUCGACAGCCGCCGCAUCGACGCCGCCGCGCGGCCCGCGGGCGGCGCGGCGGAGCAUGCCGAGGGUGAGUCGCGCCUCAACCGGGCGGAGGCGACGCGGCUGAUGGGCGUGCUGGAGGGCCUCCUUGCAGGCGGCGACGUGGACUGCUCGCAGGUCGGCGUCGUGACGCCGUACAAGGGGCAGGCGGGCCGGCUCGAGAUCGCCUCGGUCGACAACUUUCAGGGGCGCGAGAAGGAGGUGGUCCUCUUCUCGGCGGUGCGCGCAAACAGCCACGGCGCGGUGGGCUUCCUCUCCGACUGGCGGCGGCUCAACGUGCUCCUCACGCGGGCGAGAAGAGGGCUGGUGGUUGUGGGCCACCAGGAGACGCUUCGGCACGACCCGUACUGGCGCCGCUGGCUCGACUUCGCGGCGCGAGAGCGCGUCAUCGUCGACCGGCGCGAGUGGCUAGCGACGCUCCGCCGCGCCGCAGCCUCGGACACGGCUGCGCCGCUCUGCGAGCUGCUCUCCGCGGCGGCGGCGGGCUGGAGGGGGUGGGCGGCAGAGGUGCGGGAGGCGCUGUCCGCCGCGGGCGGGGAGGCUGGCUGGAAGGGGGUUCGCAAGACACUGCUCGCCCGACACGCGGCCACCCACCGGCGAGUCGGCGGCCAGGCGGCGGCGCUUCGCGACGCUGCGCGAGACGCCGUGCCCGCAGAGCUGUGGGUCAAGCGGGGCGUGCGGCUAGCGCUGCCGGAGGGGGAUGCGGCGCGGCGAUUUGCAAUGCAGAACUCAGACUGCGAGACCGCUCGUGAGAUUAUUCAGAUGGAGGGUCCCUUAAAAAAGCUCGAUUUUGCUUUUGGAAAAAGCAAAACGAGUUUUGGAUGA